UCAUUGUGUUGGUAGACCUGUAAGUAUGAUUGUGUUAGAUGGCGGUGAACAUUUCGAGUAAAAUUAAAAUACGUUACAGAUCUUUGGUCAUUGGAUUUUUUUUUCUGACUGAAUGAUCUUAUGAAAUAUAUUUUAGUGAUAUACUGAAGACGUUGAUUAAUUAUGUGAAUCUCCACGAAAGCUGACAGCUCCUUACUGACAGAAAUUCUUUACCUAUUUUGUCAUGUGAAUCUAAUUUUAUCACAAUAUUCUUGAACGCAUAAUGGAUUCCAUGGUGUUGUGUCAAACGCCUCAAAGUCAGUUGACUUUAAGUGCUGAGCUGAGGAAGGUUAUUCACGAACGAAAUAUUCUUACUACAAGAACAAGGAUGAAAGUUUUAUCAGAGUUGGACGGCAUUACCAGACAUUCUAAUGAAGAGAGUCAAAUGAGUCGACGCGAUAAAACUAUUCAAGAAAUACUUACUUCUGAAGUCAGUUAUUUGCAUCAGCUAGAGCUCCUGACACAGUAUUUUAUGGAGCCACUGAAGGCAAUGCCUUGUAUUUCUUCAGUUGAAUACAUGACUCUUUUUGGCCAUUUGGACACCAUAUAUAAAGUGAAUGGAGAACUUUUAAAUGAAAUGAAAAAGACCCCAAAUAAUAUUGGUGAAGUGUUUAUAAAACUUGCUCCAUUCUUCAAAUUAUAUUCUGUUUAUGCCUAUGACUAUAAGAAUGUUUUAAAACUUUUACAGGAUAUGCAGAGCAACAACCCACAGCUAAAAGAAUUUAUACAUCAACAAGAAACUCUUCCUGAAGUUGGUACAUCAUUACCUGCUUUGCUUAUUACACCAAUUCAACGAGUACCUCGCUAUAGAUUGUUGUUGCAAGAAGUGCUCUCUCUUACACCUUCUACUCAUCCAGAUUAUUCUGUACUUCAGAGAUCCCUUCUGGAGGUGGAACGUACAGCAUCUCACAUAAACAACUUGGUUCAGGAACAGGAAAGCAUGCAACAAAUGGUGGAAUUGCAACGUAGUUUACAGAAUGGAAGACCAAGUAUUGUUGUCCCGGGUCGCCGACUUUUGAAAGAGGGGCUCUUGAUGAAGGUAUCUCCUCAUGGCAAGCGGGCUCACUGCCGUUACUUUGUUUUGUUCAAUGAUUUGCUGAUGUACUGCAAAGUAGUGAGGCCAGCUGCCCAUCGUCCACGUUUGUUGCGCUGCUGCUGUGUCUUGCCUCUUAAAAAGUGUCGUGUUGACGAUGUCAUAGGUAAAGGCAUGUUCAAGGUCGCAUGUCAGGGUGAGACCCUUCUGCUUUACUCUGCAAGUUUGGAAGAUACUCAAGGUUGGGUAACAGCUCUCACUGCUGCUGUUAAGCAGUAUCAUGAAAGCAGGCAGACUCUGAGGCGAGAUAGCAGCAACAGGAAACCUAUGCGCCAGGGAGAUUUUACUCUGGAUCUUCCAACUCCAAUCUUGCAUGUGAAAUGUCGGAAGAGGCGACGUUCUGCUGUUGAGGAUACUGGAGGUGCAAGCUCAAGUACAUCACAAGAAAAUAUAUUCAAAAAGUUUAUUUGGAGAAAGUCUUUACAAGCAAAUCCAGAAAAAAUUGCCAAAUUUGAAGAUGGUGACAAUUCAGGGAAGACUGAGAAUCAGCUGAUAUAAAGACAGUCUCUAUCCUUUGCGAGACUCCCUUAACAAGAGGGAAGACAUUUAACUCAGAGAGAAUGUAGAGAUUCCAAGUGAGUUGAAGGACAAUAUCUGAGGAAUCCAAUAUUGUGAAACUGGUUCCGGAUUAAAACAGUGGUUUGAACAAUGAGAUUGUGGCAAUCAGAAAGAUCUUCAGAUGAUGUUCCUGACUGUGUUGGUUU